AUGUCGGAGACAUUUGAAAGCACUAGCAUAGAAGACCGGAAAUUCACAAUUCAAAAUCAUGGCUUAGCAGAUCGAUAUGAGCUUCUGCAGUUUCUAAAUCGUUUUCUAUCACUCUCCACGUGUAUUUUGCUACACUUGUUUUACGGCUAUUCACUGUGAACAAAUUUCGAGUCAAAAAUGAUUACCAGAUAUUAAUAAUUGCUCAAUCUUUCAUAAACAUAUUUGCGAACAUUUUUGGGCUAAUAGUUAAUCAGAUCCAAACAUUGAACAUUAACUAUGUGAAAAUUGGCCACCCGUUUUGGCAGUUUUCUACAAAUGAAAAAUUGGUGUAUACCCUUACAAUGGAGAGUUUUUCCUCGAGUACCCAAGAUUUUUUGAUGCUUUUCAAUCUUCAUAGAAUAUUUAUCAUUAAAAAAAAAAGUCUUACCCUCCUGUACGGCAUUGCUAUUCCUCUGAUGCUUCUCGGACCACUUAUCUACUCCUAUUUCGCUGAGUCAGUUAUAAGUUCCGGAAAAGUUAUGGACAUAUUCUUCAAGCACAGUCGGGUCCCCAUUAUCACUACAGUUAUCACAAUAUGCUUUGAAGAACUCAAGAAAGAGUUCGCGAAAAACAGUUCCUAUUCGGAAAAGACGAAAAAGUUGCAGCAGAAAUUAAGCUGGAGCAUUAUGUCUCAGGUGGUUAUGCUAUCAGUGAUUGUGAUUAUUAUAACCGUCAUUCCUAAUAUGUUGUUGUUAUUAUUCGAUGCGGAAGUUUUUGGAAGAUUUGCGGUGAGCUACACAAUUUAGUCUCUGGUAAUCACCGAAUGGUAUUCCUUCUUCUCCGCCGUCAUAAUUACAUGGUCUAUUACCGGAUUUUUCAAGAAUCAAGCAGUUGAGCAUCCGAUUUUUCAAAAAUCUCGUUCAUCUCUGGUUGACUAGACGACCAUAGCAGCAUAAACUCCAAAAAAGUAGGAAAAUUGCGAAACUUUCGGGGGUGCUUGAUUUAAUAAAUUGCACAUAA